AUGACUACCUCCACCACCACCCCCACCACUCCCACCCCCACCAGCCAAGACGCGACUUUUAAGUCCAAGGACAAACUGCUUGCAAACCUGCGCGAUGAAAUUGAGAAGGCGCGUGUUCUGAACGGUGUUCCUGGCAUGAGCGUCGCGGUCAUGCACAAGGGUGAAGUGAUCUUUGCAGAGGGUUUCGGCUUGCGAAAUGACAAGGAUCUCUUCACGGCGGAGACCUUGAUCCCCAUCGGAUCCAUCACCAAGUGUUUCACAGCCACAGCGAUUGGAGAAUUGGUGGCAGAGAAAAAACUAGACUGGGAUGAAACGCCUGUCAACAAGUACCUGCCAGAAUUUGAGCUCAAGAACCCGAUGCACACGGCUCAGAUCACCAUCACCGACUUGCUGUCGCAUCGCACGGGCCUCUCCAGACUGAACGACAUGCCUUUCUAUUUGGGCCAAAUGUCCCGCUCCGAGAUGGUUCGACGUCUACGCUAUGCUGACAUGCCCGCAAAACUCGGUUCUAAGUCUCUGUACAACAAUUGCAUGUACGGAGUUGCUGGAGAGGUCGCUGCCAAAGUUACUGGUCAAUCCUACGAAGAUGUUGUGCGCUCCAAGAUCAUCACCCCCUUAGGACUCGACAGCACGGGUCUCUCGGCCAAGGAAAUGAAGUCUCGUUCAGACAAUCACGCGAUUCCCAUGGUUGCGGCCUCAUUUGAGGAUGCACAAAAGGGUCUUUUCAAGUCAAUCCCAUCGUAUGACGACUCUGCGAUGUUGAUAGCGGCCGCGGGGGAUAUUUAUUCCAACGUGUUGGACCUGGUGAAAUGGGGACAAGUAGUGUCCAAGUUGGGAGAACUGGACGGCAAACAGGUGUUGAACCGGAACAGCGUGGAAGAGACGUUGAAGGCGCACACGAUUGUGGAUUCUGCGCCAAGGACAGCUGAGUUCCCAAGGGUGUCGAAUUAUGGAUUUGGAUGGGAUGUGGAUUCGUACAAGGGACUUCCUGUCUACAGACAUAGCGGCAACACCUUCUACUACGCCUCCCACCUGGCCUUCUUCCCUGAUCAAGACCUGGUCGUCGCCGCCUGUGCGAAUACCUAUGUGACUUAUCUCACCGUGGAGCUGCCCCAUCACGUUGCAGAUCUCGUGUUGAACCUUCCUUCCACUCAGGAUUGGCUAUUCGACGUAGCUCUUGAGAAGAUCACGAAAUUCUGGGCUAUGAUCGCUGCAGAGCAGGAUGUUACUCCUGACAAGAUUCCCAACAAGCCCAUGUCGCACCCAUUGCAGGCUUAUGUUGGAGAGUAUUCGCAUCCGUAUUAUGGGUCUUGCAAUGUUUGGUUGGAGGACCUAGAGGAAGGAGAGGAAGGAAAGGAGGGAGCAGGAGAAGACAAGAACAAGACGUUGGUGUCGACGCUGUGGGACUGCAGGACUCUGAUCAGUCAUUUGCACUUUGAUGCGUUUGUGCUGAAACACGAUCAUCCGGGGCUUCAUGCGACGUAUGUGGCCUCGUUCCAUACGGGAUCGAGUGGGAAGGUCACCUCGAUCAACCUCGAAUUAGGCGAGGACACAAUUGAGUUCAAACGACAUAAGGAAGUGAAAGAGGAGGAGAAGGACGAGAUGGAAGAAGGGAAAGAGGGCAAGAAAAAUGCGGCCGAUGGUGUCCCUCAAGCCCAUGUAGACUAA